CAGAAGAACUUGAGCAAAUUUGUUUGCAUCAGCGCUUAUCUGGCUAGACAUGCCGAGACCCCGAAAAGGCUCGUGUAAUUUCUCGUUUCCCUGCCCUGAAGAAAUGAAACGUUUGCCUUUGGAGGUAAGAAAUGCCGAAAAGGUACGAUUCCGCUCCGCUCUUUUCUCUUGGUUUUCCUUCUUUCUUUCUGCUUCUCCCCCAGGAAAGCCAAAGAACUGUCGCGGUCUCAGUUUUGGUUUUCGUGUGUUCCACCGGCUUGUGUCCUGAUUUUAUCGGUUGUGUCCACCUGUUGGUGUUUGCCCUCCUCCCUCGUCUUGACCAAUCAGCUCCCUUUAGUCCAGACCUUUCUCGUUGUCUCGUUGGUCUCUGUUUUUCCUGUUUUCUUUCAGUUCUUGUUGACCCGUUGUCCCUGUAGCAGGUUGCUUCGUAGCUCAUUGUGUUUUUGAAAGUGACGUCAAGUUUUGAGUUUAAGAUGAAGUCAUGCUUUGUUACUUUCAGUAUUUUUGGUUGUUGCUUUGAGUUGUUUUUAGAAAUAAAUCUUUUUUUGAUUCCUCUACCCCUGCCUUUCCUCCCCGCCUCCCUGCAUUUGGGUCCUCCACGUCUUGCCGUGCCUUCCUCGCCCUUGACUAGCCUCGACCGCGACAAGAACGGCAUCUGUGGAAGCCAACGCUGGUCAUCGACAUACGAUGACGACCACGGACCUCGUCUUGAGCGAGUGCUCCCGUUUCCGAGCCAGGUGGUGUACAACCGCGUGGGCAAGUGUGGCAGCCGCACGGUCGUCAUCCUGCUGCGGCUGCUCGCCGAGAAGCAUCAGUUCAACCUGAUCUCGUCGGACAUCCACAACAAAACGCGCCUCACGAAACAUGAGCAGGUGGAUCUCAUGAAGAAUAUCACUAAUAUCCCUCAGCCGUUCCUGUACACGCGUCACGUUCACUUCCUCAACUUCACCAGGUUUAAGAUCGAGGAGCCCGUCUACAUCAACAUCAUCCGCGACCCCAUCAACCGCUUCUUGUCCAACUACUUCUUCCGUCGCUUCGGCGACUGGCGGGGCGAGCAGAACCACCUCAUCCGCACCCCCCAGAUGAAAGAUGACGAGCGAUACCUGGACAUAAACGUGUGCAUUCUGGAGAAUUACCCGGAAUGUUCCAACCCCAGAGUCUUCUACAUCAUCCCAUACUUUUGCGGGCAGCACCCCAAAUGCAGGGAGCCCGGCCCGUGGGCUCUGGAUCGGGCCAAACAGAAUGUACUGGAGAACUACCUGCUGGUGGGCGUUUUGGAGGAACUGGAAGAUGUGCUGCUCCUGUUGGAGAGGCUCCUGCCGCACUAUUUUACCGGCGUGCUCGACAUCUACAAAAGUCCCGACCACCGGAAGAUGGGCAACAUGACGGGCACGGUCCGCAAACACAAGCCCACCCUGGAGGCGCUGCAGGUGCUCUACCACCGCAUGCGCUACGAGUACGAGUUCUACAACUUUGUGCGGGACCAGUUCCACCUGACGAAAAAGAAAAUCGGCCUCAAGUCGGACGCCCGGCCGCCCGCCUACACGCCCGACUUCCUCCGGGACCUGGACCUACGGACCCCCAAGCCUCUGGACGAGGACGAGGAGCUGGACGCCGACCUGGAGGACGCUAACAACUGGCUUAUCCACCAAUAACAAGCGUCUGUUUGUUUUUAUGUAAGCGGCGGACACCGGCGCCCCCUCCGUCCUCGGAGACUGGCGUCCCGAGGGGCGACGACGGUUCGCGCCCUUCCGGAAGCCGAGGCGCGUUUCCGUUCCGGACUUUGCGGACGGGGCUCAGCACGGCGGACGGCUCGGACCGGAAAGGUCGAGAUUAUUUAAAAAGUUGAACGAGGGUCACGGGAAAUAACGCUUAACUCGCUUCUGCGUGAAGCAAAGCUUUCCAUUUUUUUUUUUUUUUGUGUGCUUUGUUCUUAAAACGGAAACGGCUGUCGCUCGAUUCUCCAGGAGAGAUGAAGCACGGGAGAUUGGGGGGGGGGGGGUGCACAAGGUGGCCCCCAAAACAUGGGAAGGUACAAUAUGGUAAGAGGUGAUGUUUAUGUAUACAUUAUGAAAAAGCUGAGAAGCCAAACAUCAAUGAAUGGAAGAGUGCCAAAAAUUAUAUACUUCUCACUAAAACAAAAAAAAAAAAAAAAGUUGGGCUUUUAGAUAAAACUCCAGGAUGGAGCUAAAAUGUUCAAAACCUUCACGGGUGCGUGUUCAGAAUUUUACCAUUCAGCUCUUUGUUGGACAAGAAAGUAAUCCAAAGUCGCACCGUGCGUUUAAAAAGUGUCGCGGGCAAAUUAAAUUAACCUCUACAUAUUUGGUACAUUUCGGCUUCAUCCUCAAGUUUCAGCCAAAUAUUCUGAACUUUUUUUUGUCAGUAGUAUACGGCACGUAUAUCGGUCUCCGAGACAGGAAGCGAUAUACGUAUCAGCGGGUUUCUACUGAGCGGCACGGUUGGGCCCGUUUUUGCAGGGUCCGCUUUUUCCAACUGUCGUUGCUACGUCACCUCCAUCGCCGAGCGAAAUGCGCAACGGUUGGCUCUUUAAAAUGAAACAACACCAAGUUGCCGUGUUAUUGAUGUCGUUAAAUCGGGCCGUACACGUAGCGCUUUUUAACAUGACGCCCUACAUCAGAUAUUAAUAUCCAAGGAUAAUCUUUCGGAAACACCUGCGAAUCGGGCCGUUUGCUGUCUUUGAUUGGAGUUGUCAGUAUGUGGAAAGCCUGUGUUGGUGAAUAUUGAUCAGUUUUAAUAUUUACGUAUGAUUGUCAGCCGCCGAUGUUUUUCGAGCAGAUCGGGAAGAAAAAAAAAAUCAGUUAACGCGCCCCACACCACAGGAUAAUCACGAUAAAAGAAUCACGACAUCCGACACUCAGGGCUUUGCUGAUUUUGAUCGGAAGAAAAGAAAAACACCCAAAUUAGGCCCGAUUAUUGGUAUGCAUGAAGCCUGUUUUUAGGAUUCAUAAUUGUAUGUGUUAAACAAUUUUAAUAUUUUUGAUUGUCGAACGGCGCAAUUUUUUGAGCAGAUGAGGGAGGAAAAUUUUCUUUUAUCGCACCACACACCACUGGAUAAUCACUCAAGAUAAUUUUUCAAUGACAUCCAACUAUCAGGGCUGUGCUGAUUUUGAGCAGAAGGGAAGAAAAACACUCAAAUUUACUCCGAUUAUUGUAUGCACGAAGCCUGUUUUUAGGAUUCAUAAUCGUAUGUGUUAAACACUUUUAACAUUUAUGAUUGUCAAACGCCACAAUUUCUUUAAGCAAAUUGGGGAGGAAACAUUUAUCACACCCCACACCACAGGAUAAUCACUCAGGGUAAUUUUUCAGAGACAUCCUACAUUCGGGGCUUUGCUAACUUUGAUCGGAAGAAAAGAAAAACACCCAAGUUAAGCCCGAUUAUUGGUAAGCAUGAAGCCUGUUUUUAGUAUGUAUUACACUUAACAUUUAUGAUUGUUGAACGCCAAAAUUUUUCGAGCAGAUGAGGGAGGAAAAAUCUCUUAUCACACCCCACACCACUGGAUAAUCACAAAAGAUAAUCAUCCAGAGACUUUGUUGCUAACUAUGAUCGGAAGAGAGGAAAAAUCCAUGAAUGUUUCCCAGUUGUGAACCUCAUUUCCGAAUUUGCAUUCAAAUAUUUUAAACAGUUUUAAUAUUUUCUAAAGUCAGCCUCUUUCAGUUUUCACGCAGAUCGUGGAGAAAAAUCACACACCACACCACAGGAUAAUCGCUCCAAUAAUCUCGUCUGACUAGCUGGCCUUUGCUGAUAAUAAUCGAAAGAGAAGGGCGAAUGCUCAAGUUGGGCCCGAUAAUCGGUACGCGUGCACCCCGCUAAUUAGGGCCAGCGCCGUAACGGCGACGCGUGCAAAUCAAGCUAAUCCGUCCCAAACUCAUUCCAGCGGAACCGGACCGUGCCGCUUAGUGGAAACGUGACUCCGAGUGAUUGGUGCGUUUUUGUUGAAAGAGAUUAUUCUUGUUAUGAAAUGUACAAAUGAGGGUGAAACCGUAUGCACUCGUUAUGAAUUCAGAGAAUUCCCGCAAGGUGUGCAAGUAUGACUGCGUUUGACCAGAGUACUUUAGCAGAGAUUUAUGGUUUGCUUUCACUUUGUUGGGACUUGAAGUUGGCCAGAGAUAUUUGCUGGAGGGAAAAAAAUACAUAUUAUUGUUCCAUGUGAGGUUUCAAAACAUUGUAUUUACACCACAAAAACAAACAAACAAAAAAGCCAUCUUGAUACUUAGUUUCCUGCUGCAAACAAAACUACACGUUUGUUUGAAACUCCUAAUUUUAUAGGCAUUAAAAAAAUUAUGAAUUACAAGCAAAAACAUUUUUCAAAAAUCCCAAAUAUCUUCAUUUUCGAUUUAUAGUCCAAUUAUUAUGCAAAUGAAGUGAAAAAAGAAUAGUACGUAACAAUUCUCAAAGCUGGAAUAUUAUAACUCGGAAAAUUGCUGUUUUACAUUUAAAAUAAAGUCAUGACAUUGCAAGGAAAAAAGUAUUUUUUUUUACUGGGUUAAUAUUUAAAAUAUAUUUAGUUUUUUUUUUUUUUUUUUUUCCAUCAAGAGGUCUCAAGACUCACAUUUUUCUUGCUGCCCACAAAUGGAACCCAAAAUUUUGAACAUUUAUGUCGGCAUUCAAAACCCUUUCAAGCCAUUUAUGAAGUAUUGUCCCAUUUGCCAAAGAAAAAUUAAGAUUAAUAUUGUGCUCUACUAAUUUUCUUUAGCGUCUUUAUUUUCCAGUGAUACAGUUUUAAAACUGCAGUAAUGCUGUACGUUUUGGACCCACACCAAAAUCCAAAAUAUAGAGACCGCAAAACAUGAUAUAUUUAUCUAUAUAUAUAUAUAUAUAUAUAUAUGUAUAUAUAUGCAUAUAUAAUUUUGCUCCUCCCACACACACCGACAGUAUUAAAUCUCACUUUUUGAAGUACACUUUCCUGUCGAGAAAUGGGAUUCUAUUGCAUAACGUCCCUUUCAGAAUCCAAACAACAACUCCCUUGCAGUUUUUCCAAAAAAGAGGCAAUGCGUGCUUGCUUCAAGCUGUUUCAUUGUUGGUCUGUCACUCCCAGUCCAAGUUGACUGUAAAACUGCACUCACAUUACAUAUUUGAACGCCGCAAUUUGCAACUGAACCAUAUUUCAUUUUACAAAAGUUCUUUAGCUGAAUGCUAACCUAAAAUGGGAAAAGCCAUAGACGGGCCUUCAGGCUUUAGCAUAAAUGGUGCGUACAUUUUAUUUAUAAACGUUAAAACAACUUACGAACAGAGCGUAUAGCAAUACUCGGAGGUAUAAUAGUCUCUCUGCUUUUGAAAUAUAUUUAUUACUGGAGCUUAGUUGGGGACCUUCCCUGCAUCUUCUUCUCGCUGUUAAUUCCGCUGCAUCUCUUCCAGUAGACCUGUGGUACUACAACGAAGGCACGCAACUCUAAAUUUGGGCGUCAGGGAGUGUUGAAAAAAAAAUUUUUUUUCACUUCCGCAGAAGUGUUCGUACUGUAUAUCCGAAAAGUUCCUAAGUAGGGCAGUGCCUGUAUACUGUAAAAAAAAAAAAAACAACAAACAAACAUGAAAAUAUAUUGCUUAGUUAUAAACGAUGGCGGGGGAUAAAACUGUAAUUUUUCUCAGCGUUAUGUCUCUGGUACUUCCGCCAGCAGCUAAACAACGAAUUAUGUCGCAUACACGAUACGAUGAAUGAUAAGCUUGCUCGGUCCUCCCCGAAUGUCGUCCUGCUUUGUGUUCAACUUCCUCUUAAUUUAUUAUUCCGUCCCCCCCCCCCGCCCCCCCCUAUUCAUUUCUGUGCAUUCUGCAUCAAUUUCUCAGGAAGGAAAGACAAAACUGUUGUAAUAAUAAUUGUAUCAUUUCCAACUUGGCAGGCUAUUAAAAAAAUAAUAAUAAUAAUAAUCCGGGUGUUCCAUGGGAAGCCUUUGGAUGAGUUGAAAAAAAAAGAAAGCUACAUUUUACACUCUUCCAAAAUAAACUUCCUCAGAAUAAAAGGGCUUGUGUGCUUGUUCUUUGGCUUUUUGUUUUGUCUCGUUUGAGAUGUCAGCACGUACAUUUGUGAGCGUCGGCUUAAAAUGGAACUUGCUGUGAUUGCCAGGGGAAUCGAAGGGAAAUUAUGGGCAAUUAA